AAAAGGGACGUUGCAUGGGGUGAAUUGAAAAGUCGUAUAACAGUGCAGCCACAUGCGCUGUCUCCCCUUCACCAAUUCAACAUCUCUUUCUAUUCAUCUUCACUCUUCAGCUGCCGUCCAAAUAAUCUUAUCUGAACACACCCUUUGACUACACCUAUAUAUAUAACUAUCAUAACCAUAACUAUUCAUAUUCAUAUUCAUAUUAUUAAACAACAAACACUACUUGUUUCUCUUCACUCAUCACUCAUCACUCAUCAUGCCCAUGCUCAGUGUGAUCAGCAGCAAAAAGAAAAGCGUAGGAGGCAUUGUGAAGUUCAAAUUGGUGAUUGAAAAGCUCCAGAAGAGACUCCUACUGGGGAGAAACAAAGAAGGGUGUGAUUCAAAUUCAACGUACGUGCCAAAGGAUGUGAAGGAAGGACACUUCGCUGUGAUUGCCGAGUGUGGAGAGGAACAAAAGAGGUUCGUGCUUCCACUAAGUUGCUUAACCAACCCUACGUUUUUGAAGCUAUUGGAGCAAGCAGAAGAAGAGUACGGCUUUGAUCAUGAAGGUGCAGUCACCAUUCCUUGCAGGCCUAGUGAACUUGAGAGGAUACUGUCAAACCAAUGCAUGCCAUCAAACUACUGGACUAAGCUCGACUUGUAGAAAAUCCAUAAUUAAUCUACUGGAAUUCUUACUUCACUUUCUUUCAUGCAUCUUCGUCAAAUUUAUUUGACGUCUAAUUCAUUGAUUCUUCCACCAAGAGAUAAUAAAAAAGUUCCAGCUUCCAGAUUACUCACA